AUGGUGAAAAACUCACUUGCCUUUGAAGCAGAAACUUUUCGUAAAAUCCAACCUCAGGAAUAUUUACGUAGAUUUAUUCAAGGACACAUUAGACCCGAUGGAAGAUUGUUAAACCAAUUUCGCCCAACCACG